AUGGUCAGUGGGAACGCUCCCAAGAAGGCAAGAGUUCAGCAGGAAACCGCCGUCUCCCUCGGUCCCCAGGUCCAGGAGGGUGAGAAUGUCUUUGGUGUUGCCCACAUUUUCGCUUCGUUCAACGACACUUUCGUUCACGUCACCGAUUUGACUGGAAAGGAAACUAUCUCCCGAGUCACUGGAGGAAUGAAGGUUAAGGCUGACCGAGAUGAGUCUGGACCUUACGCUGCCAUGUUGGCCGCUCAGGACGUCGCUGCCAAAUGCAAGGAAGUCGGAAUCACUGCUCUCCACAUCAAGCUCCGAGCUACCGGUGGAACUGGAACCAAGCAACCUGGACCAGGUGGUCAGGCCGCUCUCCGAGCUCUCGCUCGUGCAGGCAUGAAGAUUGGACGUAUCGAGGAUGUCACUCCUAUUCCUUCCGACUGCACCAGGAGAAAGGGUGGUCGACGAGGAAGAAGAUUGUAG